CUUUCUUUGCGCCUUGUGCUUCUUAUCAACUCUGCAAGAUGAAAAGGAGGCAUCAGCUUUGAAGAACCUUCUAUGAGUUUCCUGUAAAGUCAUAUGACUGAGAAACAAGAGCCCAUGUUACUUAAUCCAUACACUAUAAAAGAGAGGCUGCACUCCUAAUAGAUUAUUUUUCAUUCAGACCAUCAGAGAGCAUCAGAAAUUGAAAAGAAAACCUUUCGACGAUGCUGGUGCUUCUGACUUUUUGUACUUUUGUUUCGCAAGCGGCAUCCGCGACAGAUCCCAUGCCCCCCCAUCAAGUGAUGCAAAACUUGGAUCGGAAUGCCUGUUCCCUGGUUAUAUGUGGACCUGCCGAGAAAGGGUUGCCAGGGAGAGAUGGCAGAGAGGGGAUCCAAGGCCCAAAAGGGGACAUGGGAGCUCAAGGAAUUCCAGGACCAAGAGGAAUAGUUGGUCCUCCAGGGAAAACGGGGCCGACUGGACUACCAGGAGAAAAAGGAUCCCAAGGGGUGCAAGGAGAAAAGGGAGAUCUUGGUAACAUGGGUAAGAGCUCGAUUACGGCAAUGAGGGGCACACCCAUGACUUCUGCCCCUAGUGGAACAAAAGGUGACAUCGGUCCUCAAGGUGAAAAAGGAGCAACUGGAGACAAAGGACCCAUGGGAGCCAUUGGUGCACAAGGUCCCAAAGGCACAACGGGCAACCCAGGACCAAAAGGGGACCAAGGGUCAGUGGGUGAGAAAGGAGACAAAGGAGAAGUGGGAGGCAGAGGAUUACAAGGGCCCACCGGCAUGCCGGGCCCAAUGGGACGAACAGGCUCUUCUGGCCUAAAAGGAGAUAAAGGCUCCAUAGGAGAAAAGGGAAUGAAAGGAGACAGCGGCCUCUCCGAGUCCAACCUUAUGAAAAACCAAGUCAGCGCUUUGCAAGGGCAGUUAGCCGUGCUGCAAGCCACUCUCGCCAAAUACCAAAAAGUUGCGGCAUUCCCAAGUGGCCGAAUUGUGGGCAACAGAGCCUUUGUGACCAGUGGCUACGAAGGCAACUUUGACGACCUGAGACAAAGGUGUCUGCAAGCCGGUGGCCAGCUUGCUUCCCCCAGGAACGCUGCCGAGAACGCCGCCAUCCAACAGAUAGUUAUUCUCCACAACAAGCCGGUGUUCCUUGGGAUAAAUGAUAUCCAGACGGAGGGGAGAUUUAAGUACCUGAAUGGCGAGACCAUCGCAUACUCCAAUUGGCAGCAAGGGGAACCAAACAAUGAAAAGGGGAGGGAGAACUGUGUGGAAAUCUUUGUGAACGGCAGGUGGAACGACAGGUCCUGUGGGGAGAAGAGGCUAAUCGUCUGUGAAUUUUAGACCGCCAGCUGCACCAUGUCCAAUCCAGUGAUAAUGAGGACCGCAGGGUUUUGAGAAGACAUUUGCUUUCUAUCAGUAGACAUUAAAGCAAUUGUGAUUUUGUUCAUCCAGUUGAUAUGUAGUCCAGUCAAUAUACAUGUGCAUACAUGAUGUAGCAGGUAGCAAAUGCUCUGAUUAACAAGACGUUCUGUUUUCUGUCAAGACUUUGAACGUCGAUGCAAUGUUUCUACCAGCCUCCAGAAAAAGGGAAGGGCUCAUUUCCUGACCACUUCUUAGAAGUGUGUGGUUCCUUGUCUUGCAAAUAAUGCAAGAAACUGUUGUAGGCUAACAGCACACCCUUUAUUGUGGCUGUCUAACAAGAUUGUGUCAUGACAAAGAGCCCACACCUUUCACUUUACAUCUG